CUCGCGUCAAAUUCAAAACCCAAACACAAACAACCGUUUUUCGUUCGUUCGCUUUGCGCAACACACAAAAAAAGUUUCCCGAUUUCCUGCAGGUCCUCGCCCGCACCGGCGAAGGAUUAAACGAGUGGGUUAAAAUUACGAAACGCAAGGCCGUGUCCCCGUGUGGUGGUGGGUCAACGCUGCUGCAGAACCGCAACCGCCGCAGCACCGUCAUGUUCCAACCGUCGAAGCGGCUUUCGGAUGAAGCCGACCAGCAGCUGGACCAGCCGGCGGACACGUCCAGUGGGAAGGACUCGUCGGAGGAACGGUCGCCGCGAUAUGUGAGGGCCACGAGGAGUUUUCAGCCGAAGAGGGUGUCGGAACUUCCCCCGCUGGAGUCGGAAUCGGACUCGGACGAUGACAACAAUUUAAAUUGCGCGAUUCUGAACGAUUCCUUCCUGUUGACUCCCUCCAAGGGCAUCGAAGACAUGGGAAGUGUCCCGAAAGCCCCGAAAGCGACCCCAUCGGAGAAGGAAAACGUUAGCGAAAGGACGGCACGAAUACGGCUUGAGGACAAACUUGUUAAAGAGGCUGAUGCCGUACAGGAAGUUGCGCCACCAAAGUCAGCGCUGAAGCGAGUCCCCCUGCUGGAACGCUCCCAGUUCGAGAAACAGUUUAGCAUAUUUGGCCAACUGGACGCAAAGAACCCGAAAGCGCGAGACUCCGGCAUCAGCAGCACCGCGUCGUCCGUAUUAUCCGCACAAAUCGUUGAAGAUCAGGACUCCCCAAAGGAAGUGGCCGCCACCACAGAGCACAAAGCCCACUCAUCUCCGAAGGAGUGCCAAGAAAUCUCCGACAAGAACAAGCACCUGUUUGUGACGCCCCGGGACAAAUUCGGCCCCAGCCAGGCGCGAGCAGCCUCCUCCAGAUUGCUCACCUCGACGGUCACCCGCAAGUCGCGCAACACACUGGAAAACGAGUUCAAAUCGCAAAAGAUCCUCUUCGCGACGCCACUUGCCACGGGCCUGUCCCGACCGCUGGUAACGGCCAACGACAGUCUGUCACUCUCCCUGGUUGACACACCGAUCAAGUCAAAGGAUCGUCCCCUCUCGCCGAUCGUCGAACAGUCGCGACCCACGAAACGCUCCACCGAUCAACUGUUCCCGGUGACUCCGGCGCCGGAGAAGCGAUCUUCGCCCGAACCGGUCGUUCCACCUGCUCCACCGAUCGAAUCCGUAGUCGACGGUCCACCGGCGUCGACGAAGCAGCCCACCACGAUUGCCAUCAACGGCAAGGACUACCAGGUGCUGCGGAAGCUCGGCUCCGGCGGUUCCAGUUCGGUGUUUCUCGCCAAGCAGGUCGGAACCGGCGUCGAGUGCGCCCUCAAGCUGGUGAACCUCGAAGGCGAUGCCAGCCUGGUCGAGGGAUAUCUCAACGAGACGAAACUGCUGGCGAAGCUGCAGGGCAACGAGAACGUUGUGGCACUCUACGACUACUGCCACAUCCCCGAAGCGGGCCAGCUCUUCCUCGUGAUGGAAAAGGGCGACUGCGAUCUGCACAAGAUUCUCCAAAACUACCGCAAGGACAUCCCGCUCUACACGCUCAUGCAGGUCUGGUACCAGAUGGUCCAGUGCGUCCACUACAUCCACGAGCACGGCGUCAUCCACCUGGACCUGAAACCGGCCAACUUCCUCAUGGUCAAGGGCCGUCUCAAGCUGAUCGACUUCGGCAUCGCCAGCAACAUUGCGUUCGACUCGACCAGCAUCAUGAAGUUCUCCCAGGCCGGCACCUUCAACUACAUCAGUCCGGAAGCCCUGAUCGACACCUCGAGCGAAAACAGCCCCGCCGGAUCCCAGCCCCGCAUCAAAAUGUCCAAAAAGUCCGACAUCUGGUCGCUCGGAUGCAUCCUGUACCUGCUGCUCUACAAACGGACCCCGUUCGCCCACAUCAAGAACAUCUACACCAAGGUGAACGUCAUCACGAACCCAAACACGACGAUCGACUACCCGGCCCUGCCCAGCUACUAUCCGCCCAUGAUGCUGGAGAUGCUGAAGCGAUGUCUGCAGUACGACCCCAAGACGCGGGCUUCCACGGCGGAUCUGCUGCAGUUUCCGUUCGAUAUGGUCAUUCCGAUUGGGGCCGGGAUGGCGGCGGCGACAACGGUGACGACCAAGUGAGGCGUCGCGACCGUUCUUAUAUAUUUUGGCUAAGCGUCCUCCCCCUUUUUUGUAAUAUUUAUUGUCGGUUUGUCGGAUAGCAUUUGUAGGCAGUUGUGUUUUUUAAGGCAGAACAGAUUUUUAUAUCUACUUGAUACGAAAUAUAUACAGUAUAUGGUGACCAAUGAAAAGUA